UCGAGUCAGUUCAUCUUUCGACGUCGUUGUGAGCAUAUCCCGUUGUUAGCUUCGCGUUGGCUUCCUCCUUGUGUUUCCACACAUAAACAUACUUAUGUGUCAUAUAUACUUACAUAUAGUCCGUGCUUCCAUUUCAACCUGCUUCGAGAAUUUUGCACUAAGGUAGCUAGUGGGCCGUGGCCAGUGAGAGCAGCUGUUUCGGGUGCAGAUUUUACUUAUUCAUCAUCUCGUGCGGCGGCGAUAAUCGUGAUCGGAAUGGUUCUAAGGCUUAAUUGUAAAUAGUGUGCAUUUAUUAGCUUGUUGAUCGAGCAAAAUAGUGUGAAUUGAAUCGCCCAAGAAGCGUUGUUUGCGCUGCUUCCAUUUGUACCAAACAAAUUGCACUGCACAAUGCAUCAUUUCGUCAAUGUUUGAAGUGAAGGAGGUUUUGUUAUUAUUCGCCAAUCUAACGCAACACCAUACCUGCAUACGAGUCGAGUGCGCUGGCGGCGAUAGAGCUCUUACAAGUGUAAUAUAGAAGAAAGAAGCAUUGUGCAUCCAAUUUAUGCCAAUCUGGAAUAACAAGCCGGAAGACGACCACGAGACGACGGUGGUGGUGCAUGAUCUAGCGGAGGAAAAAAAUUGGAAAUCAAUUGUUUGACGUAGCGUGACAGAGUAUUUCUUCCGCACACGCAAAGCUACCUAUCAUCCGGAGGGAGAUAAUUGCGGAGGAGACUGGCUGACACAUACCGCUGGAUCGCAAUGCCAGAUGGCAUUAUUGCCCGACAUGGUCAAUCAUUCUGUGAACCCCACGAUAACGGAAACAUAUGCAAUGGAGGAAGUGCAACAACACAGCUUUACCAACAACAACAACAACAGCAUCAGCAGCAGCCAAAGCUUUACCAUAACACCAGUACCCCAUCAAAAUCAGCGUCUUCUUCACCCGCGAAAAAAUCACUUCCAUCAACUCCGACGCACAUCUUUGGCAAUGGAUCGAUAUCCCUUGGAGCAGCAGCUGCAGCAGGAUCAUCAUCAAAUGCAGGAUGUUGCAACGGAGAGUUCAAGCUGUGCGGGUAUGAUGGUGGCUUUGGAGAGGACUGCAGCACCGCAAGCGUUGGAACGUCACCGGCGGAAAUUUUUGGAAUAUUGGGAUUUUGGUUGAAACUGCGGCACGAUUUGAAAUCCGUUCCCUGGAAACAAAUGCGGGCCAUCAAGAUGAAGAAUGCACGUGCCGCACCUGGCUGUGCCUACAUUCCCACUAAGAUCGAACACAUUGCCAACGUUCUCACGCACGGUCUCUGGGUGCUUCCUUCGGUGUACGCCGGGUUGAAUCUGUACUUCCGAAGCUACACGGGCGCACAGAUGCUGUCUGCCGUAAUCUACGGAAUUGCUCUGACUAUGCUGUUUUUCGUGUCCACCUUCUUCCACUGUGUGUUCUACUGCAAUCGGAACCGCCAACUGAAGGACGUGCUGCACCGCUGCGACAGGGCCAUGAUUUACAUCUUCAUAGCCGGAUCGUACUACCCGUGGCUUAGCCUAGGACACACUUCCCAUCCACAGAUUGUAUCGGUGGUCAAGUGGUGCGUUUGGGCGAUGGCCAUCUUGGGUAUCAUCUACCAACAGAUAUUCCAUGAACGAUACAAAUGCUUGGAAACCUUCUUCUAUACGGUGAUCGGUGUAGUUCCAUCCUUAAUGAUCGUCUUUUGGGGUCAUGAGUUUACAGCAAUGACUGAGCUUAAGUUGGGCGGAUUCCUCUACAUCGUAGGAAUUGGUUUCUUCAAAUCCGACGGGAUCUUCCCCUUUGCCCAUGCGAUAUGGCAUUUAUUCGUAGUCAUGGCUGCCACUGUGCACUAUUUUGCAAUACUCAACCAUCUCUACCCAGUGGAGACAGUAGGUAGCAUCUAGACAAAUUAAUUAUCGUUUCCAGAACGUGCUUUCAAUUAUGUAAAUUAGUGAUAUUAUCCAUGAUCACCAAAAAUGUUAACGUUUAGAACGCUGAAAGCGGAUAGGGAAAAAAUGCCUAUGUUCGAAUUACGAAAAUUUGACUGGAGCCCAUUGUACUACUUAGUUCCCUGUUUCAAGGGAAAACCCGUUUGUCCUGGCAUUACAUUACGAAUACCAGGUUCUACAUCUAAUACAGUGAUUGUUCUUAGGUGUUCAUUUUCCCAACCAUUACACACAUAGACACAACAUAGUAAGUACAACAUAAAAAUACCCAAGAAUAUACCAGUGUAUAAAUAGAAAAGACACGCAGGUCCGUUACCAAAAAAAAAAAUGUCCACUUCCGUUAUAAAACCACCGAACCAUCUCGAAUAUAACCCUUCUGCGCUACAAGCAAAUUACACACAGCAAAUUACAAAUUACAUCGUACCAUCGUUUCGUUUCGAAUAAAAAAAUGUGAUAUUUGUUUUUGUUCUAGGAAUAAUCAAAUCCCCAUUUUAGGUUUAGUUUAGGUUUCCUGAAAGGAAUGAAAGCAACGCAUAAUACUGGAAUCGUUAAGGAAUUGACAGUAACUGCGAGUCCCCAUUAUGUGUAGUUCGAAGCCAAAUACUCAUUUUUUGUAAGUUGCAGAAAAUUCAAUUACUCAAACAACAAUGACCAUUAUUCAUACAAGAAAUAGAAAUAGCCAUGUAGUAAACCGACACGUAUCAGAUAGAUUCCGUUUUGGGAAAGGUGUUUGAAGAUCUUUAAUAGAAAAAACAAUAUUCAACUACGUAUGUAAACUGUACCACCAAUAACUAUAGACAAAGUUACUAUUUUGAACUUACUCUGUGAAAAAAAAACCACUCCUACAGAAAUAGAUGUCAAGCAAACAGUAAAAAUGAAACAUCAGAAACAAAA